AUGCCGCCCAGGGGCAUGUCCGCGGAGGACAAACGCAAGACGGUGCUGCACCUGUUCCACGAGUCCGCCAAGCCGUGGCUGCUGAAGGACGUGGAGAAGGCGGCGGCGAAGAGGGGGGUCGUGUUCCAGGCGGUGAAGGACGUGGUGCAGUCGCUCAUCGACGACUCGCUGGUGCACGUGGACAAGAUCGGCACGAGCAACUGGUACUGGUCGUUCCCGGGUGAGGCGAGCGCCAAGCUGCGGCACGAGGUGGGGUCCAUGGACGCGCAAAUCGCCGCGCUCGAGGCAGAGUGCGCACAGCUGGACGAGAGGCUGGAGAAGGCGGCGGCGGAGUUCCCGCAGACGGAGGAGAGGCAGAUGGCGGAGGUGAUGCUGCAGUCGGCGACGGAGGAGAACGACAGGCUCAAGAAGGAGCUCGAGUCGUUCGCGAGUGGUGACGCGGCGGUGCUGGAGACGAUACGGGGCGGUAAGGAGAACUGCCACGAGGCUGUCAACAGGUGGACCGACAACACGUUCCUGCUCAAGUCCUGGGUCGAGAAGAAGUGCGGGGACAGGGAGCAGGCUGCGAAAUUCUUCAAGGAACACGGCGUCAACUUCAACAACUUCGACUACCUGGAAUGA